GGGAGGGGAUGCAGAGCAGCUGUAUAAAACCAGAUGUUUCUAAAACUGGAGCUCAGGACUGAGCGCCUACAGAGACCCAGGAAUGUGGGCCCCCAGCCUCUACCUACCUGAUCCCCUCCCCACCAGAUCCUCCAGGAUCCAGACUACUGGUGUCUUCUAUUCUUGAACUUCAAAGAUCUUCUAAGAUGGGGCUGGGGUGGGUGAUUCUGAAGUUGGGUCAGAGCCAUCUCCUCCCCUUGUCUUGGCAUCAGGCUCUUAGAGUGUUUCCUCUCCUCUAUCUCUCUUUCUCAUUUUCUCUUCUCUUUCUCUUCUUCCUCUUCCUCUCCUCUCCCUCUUCCUCCCCUUCCUUCUCCUCCUCUUCUCUCCUCUCUUUCUCUUCUUUCUCAUUUUCUCUUCUCUUUCUCUUCUUCCUCUUCCUCUCCUCUCCCUCUUCCUCUUCCUCCCCUUCCUUCUCCUCCUCUCCUCUCUUUCUCUUCUUUCUCAUUUUCUCUUCUCUUUCUCUUCUUCCUCUUUCUCUCCUCCCCCUCUUCCUCCCCUUCCUUCUCCUCCUCUUCUUCUCCUCUCUCCUCUCUUUCUCUCCUUCCUCUUUCUCUCCUCUCCCUCUUCCUCUUCCUCCCCUUUCUUCUCCUCCUCUUCUCUCCUCUCUUUCUCUUCUUUCUCAUUUUCUCUUCUCUUUCUCUUCUUUCUCUUUCUCUCCUCCUCCUCCCCCUCUUCCUCUUCCUCCCCUUCCUUCUCCUCCUCUCCUCCUCUCUCCUCUCUUUCUCUCUUUUCUCUCUCUUCUCUCUCCUCUCCCUCUCCCUUCUUCGCUCCAUCCUUCUCUCUGCCUGUCUAUCUUGAUGUCUCCUCUCUCUCUGUCCUGUAUCUGUCUCUCUGUUGCCUCUGUCCCUCUGCCUGCCUUUCUCUAAGGCUCUGUUCCUGUGGGUAUCUGUCCUCCAGGAAGUCCUGAAUUGGUGGAAAUAAGGGAGAUGUGUCUAUAGGAAGGUGUGGGGUAUAAUGGGAGAAAAAUCAAGAGGUCAGAGAGGCAAAUGGAGAGAUUGCUUCACUGGGCAGCUGCAGCCCACAACCCAGUCCUUUUCCUGCUCCUUCCUUUCCCACAUCGAGCUGUCUCUCCACAAUUUCCUCUAUGCGGUGAAUGAAAAAGCCUCAAAACACACUUGCCCUCCCUCAGAGACCCUGGCAUCCUGAACCUCCUAGCCCCGCCCCUCAGGGGCUCUGAUAUCCCGACACCCCCCUCCUCCGGGUCCUAAACCAGCAACAGGAUUGAGAUCAUCUAGAGGAAUGCAAGGUUGGCCUGAAGAUGGGCAAAGACUCAAACCUAAGGAGACGCAGAGCAGCCCCGUUGCCCCCAGAACUGUUUGCAUCUCUUUUUCUGUCUCCUCUAAGCUCUCCUCAUUCUUUCUCUCAUUCUCUCUGUCCUGGUAGCUCUCUGGCUCUCGGUUUUUCUGUGUCUGUCUCCCUAUCCCCCUCCCUCUUCCUCCAGUCACUUCUCCCUUGUAAACAGAGUGAGUACCCAUUAGAGACAAAACUCUUCAGUGUUCCCAAAAAUCCCCAAUGUCAGGAAAGGGAGGGGAAAGUUCCCCAGAGUAGAGGGAGGACUAGGGAGCAGAGAAGAGGCCUCAGUUCAGGAAAUACCUCGGGGAGAGAGCCUGGGAGCCCUAACUGGGAAAAGAUCUCUUAGGGUCCUCCUUUCUCUGCCCUUCUCCAUCGUGCCCCACAUCCCAUGAGUGUCCCCUGACCAUCUAAAGGACGCAGUGGGUACAGAUGAGGCCCUGGGCCCCUGAGAGGGGCCAGAAUCCUAUUGGCUCGAGGCUGUGGCCGAGAGUCCCCCUGAAGAGGGGAGAAGUGUGGCUGACUGAGCUCUUCCUUGUCCUGACAACAGCAGUUGUUGCUGAUGGGGCUUUGUGCCCAUUUUGACCUUAAGUUUUGCAAUUAUGCAUCAGUCCCGGAUACUCCCUCCCUGUCUUAACUGAAGCCUGAGUCAACUCCCAAAGGAGACCAGAGAGAGUGAGGCAUCGGUACACUUGGUCUGAAGAUGAUGGAGAACUCCUUGGGGCUCCUUCCAAAUGCUUCAGACAUCCUCUUCCCUGAGGAGCCUUCACCAUCUAUCAUUCACCAAACCUUCUGGACCAUCGCUCUCAUCAUCUACUGCUUAGCCUUUGUGCUGGGCAUAACUGGCAAUGGGCUGGUGAUCUGGGUGACAGGCUUCCGGAUGACUCGCACAGUCACCACUGUCUUGUUCCUCAACUUGGCCUCAGCUGACUUCGCCUUUAUUGCCUUCCUGCCCUUCAUCAUCAUCACUACAGCCCUGCAACCCCAUUGGCCCUUUGGUUGGUUCCUCUGCAAACUCAUUAGCUCCCUGUCUGUCUUUAAUAUGUCUGCCAGUGUCUUCCUGCUGACACUCAUCUCUCUUGACCGCUGUGUCUCUGUCCUCUGGCCAGUGUGGGCCAGGAAUCACCGCACACCCGCCCGGGCAGCCAUGGCUGCUGUGGGGGCCUGGAUUUUUGCCCUGGCUAUCUCUUUCCCAAACAUCAUCUUCAGAUCAACACACACAGAGGAUGAUAUCACCCUUUGCUACUCUGACUUGGACCCCUGGAAUGAGACAGGAGUUGACGAGGACCAAUAUGAUGCCCUGGCUGAGAGCCGCCUCUGGUCCCUGGCACUCAGCCGAUUCUUCCUUGGUUUUGUCAUCCCUCUAGUCAUCAUCAGUGUCUGCUAUGCCCUUAUAGCAGCCAGGCUCUGCAGUGGAAUGAAGAUGGUCAAGUCCAGUAGGCCCUUCAAGGUCCUCACAGCUGUGGUGGCUGCCUUCUUCCUCUGCUGGCUCCCUCAUCAUGUGAUGUCUAUGAUAACGGUCUCUGUGUACCAACAGCCACACCUUGAACAUCUUUUGCCUUCCCUCAGUCCUCUCUCCUCCUCCCUGGUAUUUCUCAACAGUUGCCUCAACCCUUUGCUCUAUGUCUUCAUAGGUAGGGACUUCAGGGAGAGACUCCUCAGAACCCUGCCAGCUGCCCUGGAGCGGGCUCUCAGUGAGGAAUCUGGCCCAACGGGCAUUACAGGGAACAGUUCUACCUCUGCCCCUGCAGCCACUGAUGUGGAAAGCCAGGGGUUAUGAGGAGGCCCCUUAUGAUCUUUCUUUGUGGACUGCCUCAGUGUGAUCUGUGUUCCAAGUUCUAAAAGAGUCUGCCAUUUACAUUCUAAGGAACCUCUCACUGGUGGCAUUUCUAGUCCUAAGGGCCCUCUCACUCCUGACAUUCCAGGUUCCAAGAAUGCUUCCACCUCUGACAAUCUGUGUGUUUUCACAUACCUCCCACUGAACCCUUAUGUUGUAUUCCACAUUGUUUAGGACCUUUCAUCUCUGGAGUUACCAGCUCUGGGUUCUAAGCACUCAUCAGUUUCUUCUGGCUUCUGACAUAGCUUCACUGAUAGAGUUAAAUAUAAGAAUAAGGAAUGAUUGAGGGCUCUGCUCCCCAGUUCCCCCUCUCAAGAAGGCCAUUCCAUCCAAAAUCCUGGGGGCCCAUCAUCCCUGAGUCACAGUGGCCUCUAACCCUGCCCGAGGAGGCCCUGGCCCCCAUUUAGUAGAUGACCCCUUCCUGUUGUGCCCUUGGGGUCCCAGAUAUCCACAAGUUUCCCAUGCAGUCACUGAAGUUUGUUUCCACCUUGCUCUCCCUGCCUUGGAGCUGUGGCUCUCCAGCCUUCCCAGCAAAGAGAGCCCUGGGGGAAAGGGAGAAUAGCAGGGGAGGAGAAGAGGGGGUCCUCUCCCAGGUCUGGGAAGAAAGAGGGCCGGGGAAUUGGUCUGAGGCUGAGAAUACCAAGUCUGUGCUCUGCCAUUGUGACCUCGACUUAAUAUUAAAUGGAAGCUGAAGUGCCACUCAGGCAGCAUCUUCAAGAUACCAUUUCUCUUUUUAAUACAUGAUGUUUUUUAUUGGAUUUACUUUUUUUUACCCUUGUUUUCUAUAUUGGAAUCAGCUCUAAGACAGAAGAGUGGCAGGGUUAGGCAACUGGGAUUAAGUGACUUGCCCAGGGUCCCACAGCCAGGAGGUGUCUGAGGGCAGAUUUGCACCCAGGAUCUCCCGACCCUAGGCUUGACACUCUAUUCACUGUGCUUGCCACCCGGCUGCCAUUAUUUUGUCUUUAUUAUUAUUGUAUUUCUUUUGUUCUCCUAGAUCUUCCCCAUGUCCUUCCAGAGAGUCACCCUUUACAACAAAGAACCCCAAAAAGGGAGUGGGGGUAUUGACAAUAAAAAAGGAAGAGGAGAACAAAAGCUCAGCUAAAUUGCCCCAUUUUUAAAAACACCACUUCUGAUUCCAUUGGGUUACCAGUGGUUCUCUGGCUUCAGGUAGUGAAGGGAGCCUAGAAAGUGGCCCUCCCCUCAUUCACAGCCCUUUCUGGAGUUCUGUCCAUGGGGGACAGGGAAGGAGAGAUUUCCUUCAGACUCUUCACUUCCACACAAACACUAAAGCAGAGAACAGAGAACUUAAAGUUGAGUGGGACCUUAGACAUCACCUAAUCACCCAUUUUAUAGAUAAGAAUACCAAGGAAUAUUUUGGUUUUGCCUUUGUAAGUAAGCCCUAACACCUGGCUUAGCAUCAUGCAAAUAGUAGUGUGAAGAUUAAAUUUAACUCUCCCCUGAUUGUGAAGAUUAAAAUUGUAACCCCUGUCUAUUUUUAGACUUUAAUCACCAAAAGUGUAAAUACCCUAUUUUAAAAGUUGAGUAUGGAGAUCUGCCCAUUUUUUAGAUAUAAUCACCAAAAGUGUACACAUUUCACUUAAUCAUUAAGUGGGAGGUCUGUGACCCACGAGUACAAUAGUGGGUGAUGAAUCAGAAUCAACUGACUGCCUCCUAGGCAGUCCUAAAGCAGGACUUCAACUAUGGUAGAUGUAGAAUUAGGGGAAGGCACAUGAAGUGACACAAGAGAAAGUGUCUUUAAAAGGGAGUUACAACUUCCUGAAUGAAGUUCUACUGGCAGUUCUUUAUUCUUUGAAAGUGGAGACUGGAGACAAUUCUUCAUUCUUUGGAGUGGAGGCUGGACCCGAGGCUCUGUUCUUGGUGAGGCUGUUCUAAAAUCUCUUCUUUUGAACUGACAUGUGGUGAGUGAAAAGCUGACUCUUAACUGCUGGAUUUUUCUGAAGAGACUUCCCCAGGUCCUUGGCUUUGCUGAGACCUAAGGACUAACUCUCCCUGCCCAGGGCAGGAGAGUAAAUUACUUAGUGCUUAAGCUAGAUAUCUUACCCUAUCCUCUCUCUAAUUUUCUUACUUCACUCUUUCUACAUUUUGUAAAUAAAUCUCUUUGGAAUAAAUUAAAUUCCUGGAGACCACACUCUUAAAUAAUCCAGUCCAACCCUUUUAAAAAUAAACCCUUUUUCCCCCUUACAGUAGGCACUUAAUCUAUUCAGGAGGAAUUGACAUGAGGGUCAAAAAGAAGAUAUUUGUUUAAAAAAUACUUAGUAUAGUUCCUGGCAUGUAAUAGGUGCUAUAUGCAUGAUUAUUGCCUUUCCCUGAGGAUGGUGGGCUUUAAGAGAUUUGUCUAAGGUUCCUAAACUGGAAAGUUGGGAUUUGAACCCAGGUUUUUUGAUUCCAUAUCCAGUGUUUGGCAACAUUCAACAACAUCUCUCUCUCACUGGCUAUGGCUCCCACCCUGAGGGACCACAGCAGAGGGGAGAGAAGCCCUACCUUCUAGGAACUCCCAGUCUGAUUGAGAAAACACAUGCCUUCCACAGAAGGGACCCUGAUCACUGGAACCAGGCCAACCUAGCUCAGUGUUCUCCCAUCCUUUGCCUGUCUGCUGUGACAAGGAAAUCACUUUAAAAGACUGAUAUAUAUUAAUUUAAGGUCGCCAAGGAAUUCAGCUAUGUAAUUCCUAAAUGAAAACUCAAGUCAGCAGUCAACCUUUUAUGGAGUUUAAUUACAAACAGGAGGAAGAAAAGUAUUAGAGAUGGGGGGGGAGAGAAAGGGGAGAGAAGGGAAUAGGGCUUAAAUACCCCUUCUGUUUAGGCUGGGCCAAAAGGCCCAAGCCCUUAGAUAGCUGAGGCAAAGAAAAGAGAUCAGUCCCUAUCACUCACGUGACCAAAAUGAAGAAACAGUCUCAGGGGCCUCCACCUCCAGCUUCCUUCAGAGCAAACUUCUCAGAGCACAACCUCUCAGAGCAAAAACUCUCCAAACCAACCACUUAGUCCUCAGACCCCUCUAUCUUUAAGGAAACCAUCCAAGUUCCCUCCCCUCAGUUCUCACAUCUACCAAUCACUGUCCAUGUCUUCCCUGUGCCAAUGGUGGCUCUAGCUUAACCCAGGACCACCUAGAGGUCUGUGGCUUUGCACAUGUCUGUUGAAGGUCAUAUUCUCAAAUAAUUAAAUCUUGAUCCUUUGCUACAGCCCUUCCUAAAUCCUGUUACCCUGAAUAGGGUGGAGAUUGGAAUAAUUAAAUUUUGAUCUAUGCUGCAGCCCUUUCCAUUGUUCAGCAAAAGGUUUCUGUCCUAAAGUAAUCUUAAGAAGGGAGGAGGAGGAACCUCCCUUGCCAAUGGGGUUCACAUUCCAAUGGUGAAAUUUCCAACAUUCACAAGUCUAAGAAAUUUUAAGGUUUACACUGCCUGGACUACAGAGCUGGGAAGAGGCACAGUCAGAGGUGGACAGAAUCUUCAAAGAGAGAGCAUUAGAGGUGAGGGGGCCUUAGAAUAUGAAAUUUCAGAGCUGGGGGGCCUCCAAAUAAACCUCAGAGAGGGAAGGAACCUAGAACCUGAGAGGAGCCUUAGAAUGAGAGAUGGCAUUACUGAAUGUAUAAAAUCUCUAUUAGAUUGUCUGCCAUCUCAGGGAUGGGGUCUAGGCAGGAGAUAGAGAUGGAGAGAAUCUGACUUAAAAGAAAAAAAAAACAGAGAUCAGAAAAGAACAAGAAAUGUCAGUGCUGGAAAGGGCCUUCAAACAGAAGAUAUCAGAGCCCAGAGAGGCCCCUAUAUAGGACCUGUGGCCCCUCUCACAACCAGAAGCUGUUCCUAGUUCCAGAUAUUCAUCAGCACCCAUUCAAAACCAUGUAGGGGAGCUCUUAAGUAGCACAGAGGAUGAUCUAAAGCCUGAGGAGGACCUGGGUUCAAAUGUGGCCUUAGAUACUUCCUAACUGUGUGACCCUGAGCAAAUCACUUAAUCCCAAAUGACUAGCCCUUUCUGCUUUUCUGCUUUAAAAUGGAUACUUAAAACCAUAGUAAGUUCUCGCAGAUAUCAUCACCCUUUUAAGGACAGAAAACAAAUUAAGUCAAAGCAAAAUAUAUUUAAUCAAAUAAAACUGAGUAGCAAGAAAAGAUGCCUCCCAUCCUUAUAUGUGAUAUGGCUACCAUAGGGUCAUUGGGAAAGGGAACAGAAAAUAUGAGACCAGAGAAUGUGUGUGGAAGGGGCCAACUAGCUGGGAGUCCUAGAGGGCAUUAGUAUUCUUUCUCUUAGUUCUUUUGCCCUCAGUCUUACCACUGCUCCCAUCUACUGAUCUUGAGCUAUUUAAAUGUUUUAGGGCCAUUUGCUACCAUGUCUUGGGAUGUAGCAGUUACUAAGCCUUUCCUUGACAAGGAAGGAAAAGGGAUGAAAAGUUUUUAAUGCAAAGCCUAGUGCUAUGAACUAUCAGACCCAGCCACUAAACUAAUAAAAGGCAGCCAAAGCUCCCAGGCCAAACCUAAGUCCUUUCCUGGGAUGACUCCUGACAUUGACUGAGUCCCUGGUCCCAGGCACCUAUCUGACUUUGGGUUAGAAAAAUUCAUUAACUCUCAUUAAAUCCCUGGUUGUUAGUCCAUAGGUCCAAAACCCACUUUAUUGGCUCCAUUGACCCACCCCCAGAGGCAGCCCUCUGUUCUCCUAAUGCUCGCUAGUUGGCAUGUAAAUAAAAAUACCCAAGCAGCUCCUGAUUCUCAAACUGGGGUAGCAGCCAAUCCCUUCAAAAGAAGAAGGGAGAGGGCAAGGAAGGGAUCCUCUCAUAGAUGUCACCAGGGCCCAGACAUGAGGAUUUUCCAGCCAUACAAGAGAAGUAUAUGAUGGUCCUCUGAGAAGCCACCUGCUAUCCUCCACCCUUGGGGCAUCCUGCAUACUCCAAGCUCUUGUCACUCCCUACAGUUGGGUGGGAUGUUUGUGUAUAUUGUCGCUUAAAGCAUCAGGACAGCUUAUCAGUGCAGAUAGGGACCUCUUCCAAGAGGAAGGAAGAAACAGAAAAGAUAGGAUAACUUCCACAGCAAUGUCCAGUUGUACAGAUCAUUAGAUGCAUUUUAUCCUUCUGUAAUGGGGGCACUUGGAAUAAACUGGCACUUGGAAUGUUUCCAUGGGCCGUGUGUGUUCUGAAUCUGGGUAGAAAAACUUGGUAUUUUGGAAUGACAAAAAAAAACCUACUAUGUGGUCCUUUAGCCACUCUCACUCCAGGACCCCAGUGACAGAGACAGACAGGUUAGCACUGCAUCCAUUUAAAAAAGGAGACAUUUUCUGCACUCACUUUCUCUUCUUCCCACCCAGAAUGUCCUCUUUCUAGAAACUCCUGUGAGAAAUGACAACUAUUUGCAUUUGACCACUACACCAGACACUCUUCCAGGAUAGCUUGAGAAGGAUCUCAUGGCUCUUCCCCCCAGAACUGAGCCCAGUUUGAACUCAAAGAUCCAGAGCAAAGGACUCCUUGAGAGCAAGAGAACAAGCACCCCAGCCCCUCUUCCAGCGGUCUAUCAACAAGUGGCUUUGUUAUAUAAGUGGACAAAGUAGCAUUAGAAAAUGCUCUUCUUGAUCUGAUUCUAAACCACAAGAGAGAACUGAUCACAAAGGUGGUCUCACCAUCACGUGGUCCACAAUUCUUUUUUUUUUUUCAAAAAUUUUCCAUGGUUUCAUGAUUCUUGUUGCCUCCCUCCUCUCUUCCCUCCCUGCUCCUGGAGCUGACAAGCAAUUUCAUCGGGUUAUACAUGUGUUGUCACUCAGAUUCUAUUUCCAUAUUAUUCAAUUUUGUCAUAGAGUAAUCUUCUAAAUCCAAAACCCCAAAUCAUAUACCCAUAUAAACAUGUGAUCAAUCGUAUGUUUUCUUCUGGAUUUCUACUCCCACAGUUCUUUCUCUAGCUGUGGAUAGCAUUCUUUCUCAUAAAUCCCUCAGAUCUUGGAUGGACUUACUAGCAAAGUCAAUCACAUUUGAUUGCCCCACAAUGUUUCAGUUACUGUAUAUAAUGUCCUCCUGGUUCUGCUUGUUUCACUUUGCAUCAGUUCAUGGAGGUUCUUCCAGUUCUUACAGAAAUCCAUCAAUAAAUCUUUCCUUAUAGCACA